AUGGAUGAUCCUGAGGGCGCUGGCCUCCCCUUACGGCGCCUCGACCAGGUUGCGUGGGCGUACGGCCGGUAUAGAGGUAUUUUUGAAAAUCUAGACACUAUACAGGAACGAAUUCCCAACACCAACUACCUCGAUACGGGCAUAACCGACAAGAUACCCUGGAUUAUCGAAGCGCCGUUGAAUACCGUGGAAUUUAUCGAAGCUAUUUUGAAACCAAAGGAGCCUUUUCAAGUCUAUACUGCUCACCACUUCCCCCGGGAAUGUGUAGAAGCUAGUGGCUAUCAGGGUCAAGGGCUCAUUCAAAAGCAGAAACUUUACCGGGAAUAUUGUCGCUUUCAAGGCCGUUUGGAGAGGGAUCGUGAGAUAAAUUUUAUCAUGGUUACUCAAUAUGAUAUCUGGGCCAUUCGCGACGCUACAUGGGCAAUGUAUACCCCGACUAAGCUGCAUUAUGAUUACCAGCACCGACUUGAGUUAUUGGUCGACAAGCUUGAUAUUGCUGGCCGCAGCAUUGAUUCACGUAGCUAUCUACGACCUGGCACCAUCCCGCUUCCUGAGUGUAUCUGGGACUGGUUUGCUGGUAUUCCAGGCAAGCAAGAGGCUGCUCCCUAUUAUUGGCGCGAAGAUGGUGUUUAUCCUAUACAAGAGAAGAACGGUUCAAACCAUUCAAAGCAAGAUGAUGUAACCGAUGAAGGCGAUGAGGGAAAUCAGGACAUAGUACUUGGUGCAUCUACCUGA